AUGACGACUCUGGCCCCGAAGCCACUGUUGUUGAGAGCAGAUACGAUCGAUCUUCAGUCACACGAGAAUCCCUCGGCCAAGGACCAUACUCGAGGACAAUAUCAUUUGGGCUACAAUCACACAGGCUCUAACCAGCAUGGCUUGCAGCCUGGUCCCCACCACGUUCAAGCUCUCCGCAAUGCAAAACACGAAUCACAUCAAGAGGCCCAGAGGAGUCCCCGUUUAGGUGGUUUCAACCAUGCACACCACACUUCUGACGGUCAGACGCAUAUGUACGAUGAGGAGGAGGACGAAGAUGAGGACGACACCCACCACCACGGCGUCAAUGGUGUUCGUCACGGAGAGGCCUAUGAUGAUGGAGACGGCAACGAUUCCCAGGACGAAGAUAUGGACGACGAACUAAUGGAUAAAAUUUCAAGUUCACCCUCUAUCGAAGAUGGCCCUGUUGAAGAGGACUCCGCUCGAGGAGAUCCCGGAAGUCGUCAGAGCACUCAGUUGAGCCCAAAGAGAAGAAUCGACUUCAACGACUUGCCAAGUUUGUCGCCAAAGCAGUUUGGAGAUAUGAAACUAUCUCCUGUAAAGUCCGGUAUCACGCAGUCAAGCUCUAUAGAGAAUAUAGGCCGUCAUUUAUUACCUCUCGACGACCCAUUCCUUGACAACGAAACAGGUCUAAGUUUGGACGAAAUCAACUUCGAUGAUCUCGAUCCUGACUGGGAAGAUGAGGAGUCGUUUGGAUAUGCUGGGAGCUCUGACGACGACCAUGAUGAUAUCCCCUUCGAUGCUGAUUCUCGUUUCGUUGAUUCUGGUUGGGGUGGCGAAUGCUUACGAGACGCAGAGGACAUCGACUUCGAGUUCGUAUACGCCCUACAUACCUUUGUCGCCACAGUCGAAGGUCAGGCCAAUGCCACUAAAGGUGACACUAUGGUCCUGCUUGAUGAUAGCAACAGUUAUUGGUGGCUUGUUCGUGUGGUCAAAGACGGUAGUAUAGUCAAUUUCGCUCCUCCAACCUAUUUCGAGCCGGAAGAGCGUGUUUGGUCCGACGAAGAAGAUGACGAGGAUGAAGAUGGUCCAAUCUUACAAACUCAGGACGAUACAGUUGAGCAAACUCAAGAACAUUCGCAAGAUCCGCAACAGGUGCAAGAAGAUCACCAAGGUCAGCAGGUGCAGCAGGUCAAUGACAUUACCGAGCCACAAAGAGUACAGCCAGCUUCUGCUACCAUCCAUCGUGUGAAUGCAGACGAAGAUACGGAUGAAGAAGAGCCAUCGAGUCCUGUUCGAGCUGAAACCCAAGCACUAGCUCCGUUGCAACCGGGCUCGCAAGAAGGUGUACAGCGAUCCAGAAAAGGCGUGGUGCGCAAUACAGAUUCUUUCUUUAGAGAUGAUACUGUUGAGACGAAGAAAAUUUCGCUUACUCCUGGCUUACUUCGUGACGAUUCUACUACUGCUGCAGCACAAAAUGGACAGCAAAUAUCGAGCGUCGAUACUUUUGACAAGGUUCUUGGAGAUGACAAGUCCAAAGACAGCAAGAAGAAAGAGAAGAAAGGAAUGUUCGGCGGGAUCUUCAAGCGCAAAGACAAAGCCGGCAAGAGUAAAGGUGAUACAGAUGAAGCAGACCGUCUCUCCGAAGAUUCUGGUCGUUCACCUCAAUCGAAGGAGUCUAUGGAUUCGGAUCUGGCACCUGAAAGAAAACCCAGCAAACUUCAAAAAUCUCCUCCUGCUUCGGGAAUAUCAAAAGGCUCGCCAAUUGAAACUCGUACACCUCAGAAGGAUUCAACUUCCACACCCGCCACUGUUACGUUGCGUCCAGUACAACGAUCGCAGACCGAUCCUGUUCAAGCACCACAGCCUUCCAGCCUCAAUCCUGAGCCGCAAAGCCAGCAUCCAAGCCGGUUCCCAUCCUUGCAAGAGAAGCGUUCGGUUUUUGCGCCUAUUGCUGGUGCACUGCGCUCCAAGAAUUCGAGCCAAGACAUGGCAGACACAACAAUCAAGCCUGUAUAUGCGAAACGAGCAAAGGAGAGGUUUGCUAUCGAUGACAGUGGUUCAGAUGACGACAGCACUCCAACGGCGCAAUCCUCAAUUCACCAUCGCAGUAUUUCUCCUCUGGACAACAACGACAUCAAUCAAAGACCCGACUCGGAUGUGAGAGUGUCGCCGUUGGAUCCACUCACCAACCUACAGCCAUCCGUGGUUGAAUCUAAUAAUGCUGAGAAAAGAAGUAGCAACCAAGUGGGCAACAUGGCAUUUACUCCAACAUCCCCUAGUGAUCAGACGGUGAGCACAUCCAAGCAGUCACCUUCGAUACCCACUCACACACCAUCCACGUCUCGGUCAACACCUACCUGGUCAGACGCAUCGUUGCGGUCAUACAUGGACAAUGAUCAAGACAUACGCGAUCUGCUGAUCAUCGUUCAUGACAAGACGAAUGUGACUCCAGUUGGACCCGACCAUCCUCUCAUGAAUGGACUUUUUGCGUCAGAAAGGACAAAAUUAGCGGACAUGCAAUCACAAUUAGAUUCGAUGUUGAUCACAUGGCUUUCGAAGAAGUCUCCUCAGGCUGCAACAAAAGUAUAA